AUUAAUAUUUUGACAUUUUUAGUGCCUUAAUAUACUGUAUAUUAUAGUAAAUAGUUAAAGUUUUGUCAAUUUUUUUUUUAUAAAAUCGAGUGCCAAAUUUUAUUAAUGAAAAUGAAAUUGUGGAAAUUAGGGAAGAGAAUUCUUGCUUUUGGAUUCAUUAUUAUUUUUACAAGAUGGAUUUUUACAAGAAAGGUUCAUUUUCAACAGCAGUUCACCGUUGAUAUGUUACAAUCUUCUAAAGCUGUUUGGGAUUUUAUUGCUGAUUUAAAUCACAUGAAAGUAACUAAUCCUGGCCUGAAAACAUUUGAAAUUAUAUCUGAUAGUGGAAGUCAUCAAGAAUGGCAAUACAGUGCAAUUUUAACAGAAUACAGAGAUCAGUUUGGACUUGUUAAUAUCCCUGCUGAAUUUACAGUGAAACCACAAGGAAAGGAUUAUCUGAUCAUAUCUACGUACAAUAUUUGUAAAUUUUUUAUAUGUGCUCACGUCAACAGCACAAUGACCUUUAAAGAAAAUGAAGACAAAAAUUACAAAACAAAGGUAAUCGAAGAUGUGGAUAUUGUUCUGUCUUACAUCUUUAGCUGGUACAUAAACAUAAGUAAGAUAGAAACAUACCAUAAAGAAAAACUUCUGAAAAUUUCAUCCCAUUUGAACAAUAACAAGUUGAAUUAAUUGUAUUACAAUCCCUUGUAUUCUUUGUGUUAUUUCUUUACCAAUAUUUAAUUUAUUAUAUUUGAAAAACUAAUAAAGUAUAAUAAUUUGAUGUGAAAGAAAUACUUAUAAAACUUUACAAGUAAUAACUUAUACAGGAAAUCCUUGUUAAUUUAAACUUGGAUUAGUUUGAAAUGAAACUUUUGUCCAGACUGGGGAUAUAGAGAUUUAAUUUGAAAGUAACUACUUCAAAAUUCAAAGUGAAAUUCUGUCCAAACUGUGAUAUCAGUAUGUUAACUCAUUUAUUUAGAUCAAAGUGCCUCCAUACUAUAAGAGAACAAUAGACCAAAAUCAAUUCUAAUCUAGUCAAUAUGUUUUGCUUUUACAGUAACAUAUUUUUGGGUGUCACCUGGACUACCCUUUUUCUCUUAUCUCAUAAAAUAAGACUAAUUUUCAGGAUGGCAAGAUAGGGCUACAAGUAGCAGAUUGAGAUAUUUAUAGGGCUCUAGGCUAACCAUAUGUGGGCAACUUACUACUUUUUGGGCCACUUUAAAAAUAAUUUGGGAUACAUUUUGAGGAAUUCUGCUUUACUUUUCAUGAAACGUAUAUCUGGCAACCUGUGAGGUUCUUGCCAGACACUCUGUUUAUCUGCAAUUAAUUUAUAUUAUUAUUAUUUAUUGAUUAACAAAAAUAGUGGCUACAUUCUAUACAUGUAGCCAUAUUUCAUUUGCAUAAUAAAUUACAUCAGUUAUGUGGUAUUUAGCAUAUUGUAUAGAUAUACGUAAAUCUCAGAUAAUUCAAAGUCCUGAUUAUUUCGUCCCUUGAAUUUCAAACUAAUGAGGAUUUCCUGUAUUAGAAGAAAGUCUUUUUCAUGAAAUUACUGAGAAGCAAGUACUGAAAUUGUGAAACUGAUUCAAAUCAAAUCUGCACGUCAUUCAGUAAAAGAUGAACCUUUCUUAUUUAGUAAAAGUCUGAUGGCUUAUAAUGGUCAGAUAAUGUAAUAAGAUUUUAAGAUUUGGUUUUCAAUUAUAAUCAGAAAAUAGUAAUAAUUUUUGUAUAUUAUCUUCUAAGUUGAAAGUUAUUUAAUAAUAAUGUAAUAUUUACGUAAAAUUUAAAUUAAUAUAAAAUGGAUUUCUACAUUAGAGUUUAAAAAACGAGGCAAAUAAAUCAAAAUGGUAGAAAAUAACACUGUUGUGCAUUAAAUUGUAUAUAACAAAACAUUAAUCAGUCAAUAAGUAAAACUAUUUUAUUGUUUUUUUUUAUUCAGUAUUUAACAAAGAAUGUAAGAAGUUCAAAGUUAUUUAAUAUGACUGUAAUUACAUUAUAUUUCUUAGCAAUCAUGAAACUGACUGCUCAUCAAAAAAUGAGUUUGAAAAGUUCAUCAUUUGUUGGACAGACUAUAUUGGAAAUACACAAAAAUAUUAGAAUUUUGUGGGUGUUUUUGAAUAAACUUAAGAAACUUCAUUAAGUUAAUCUCUGGAAAAGAUAAUUUAAUAAAGUUUCUUAGGUUUUUUCAAUUAAUUAUCAUUAUUAGGAUCCAAUACAGAAAGAAACUGUAAGAUUCUAGUAUUACAGUUACAAAUCCAUGUACACUUGAUUCUUCAGUCAUCUUUUCUGAAGAACUAAUAUUAUUUAAAUUUUUAUUAAAUUUAAAUAUCAUUAUUUAAAUUUAAUAAUUGUUUUUAGUAUAUUUUUUGCACAGUGAACAUACAUCAGUGUGCGCAGCAUCAUUUUAGCUAACGUUUAUUAAAAAAAUAUAUGUAUAAAUGCCUUUGUUUACUAAUAACAAAUAUGCUUUAAUAUGUUGAUACAUGUUAGUUGUUUUGUUUAACUAAUUAAUUUUGCUAAUUAUAAAUAAAGUCUUUUCAUCUAUGAAAUGAUCCUUUUUAUAAAUAAAAUACUUUCUUAGUGGAACUAAAAUCAAUAUAAAUAAAAACAAAACCUAUAAACAUUCCAGCAAAUCGUUUUUAAUAUCUUAAAAA